AGCGCUACGCGCCCGAGCGGCGGAGGGAGGGAGGGAGAGAAGGAGGCGGCGGUGGAACGCGCUCGGCUCCGCGGGCCGAAGGUCGGGCGAUGGAGGAGCACGGGGAGCCGUCUUACAGCGGCCGCAGCCCCGCCUGGGAGGAGCUGGAGUCCGGGAAGAUGGCCGGGGCCGAGGCGGGGAUGAGCGGCGCCGGGAUCCAGCAGCAGCCCCAGCAGCAGCCCCAGCACCCGGCGGCGGCGGCGGCGGACGAGUCGUCGGACAGCGAAGGGGAGCACGAGGGCCCCCAGAAACUCAUCCGGAAAGUGUCCACCUCGGGCCAGAUCCGCAGCAAGACAAGUAUAAAAGAAGGAUUACUACUGAAGCAAACCAGUUCUUUUCAGAGGUGGAAAAAGCGUUACUUCAAGCUUCGAGGUCGUACCCUUUACUAUGCUAAGGAUUCGAAGUCCCUAAUAUUUGAUGAAGUUGACCUGUCUGAUGCCAGCGUAGCUGAAUCGAGCACAAAAAAUGUCAACAACAGCUUCACGAUAAUCACUCCGUUUAGGAGGCUGAUACUGUGUGCUGAGAACAGAAAAGAAAUGGAGGACUGGAUAAGCUCUCUGAAGUCCGUACAGUCCCGGGAACACUAUGAGACGGCACAGUUUAAUGUGGAACAUUUCUCAGGGAUGCAUAACUGGUACGCCUGCUCCCAUGCCCGACCCACCUUCUGCAAUGUGUGCAGAGAGAGCCUCUCUGGAGUCACUUCUCAUGGCCUGUCCUGCGAAGUGUGUAAGUUUAAAGCACAUAAAAGAUGUGCUGUCAGAGCAACAAAUAACUGCAAAUGGACUACAUUAGCCUCCAUUGGAAAAGAUAUCAUAGAAGAUGAAGAUGGUAUAGCUAUGCCUCACCAAUGGUUAGAGGGUAAUUUGCCCGUCAGUGCCAAAUGCGCAGUCUGCGACAAGACCUGUGGCAGUGUUUUACGCCUACAAGAUUGGAAGUGCCUUUGGUGUAAAGCUAUGGUUCACACUGCGUGUAAGGAUCUGUACCCUCGUAAAUGUCCACUUGGCCAAUGUAAGGUAUCGAUCAUACCUCCAACAGCACUAAACAGUAUAGACUCUGAUGGUUUCUGGAAAGCCACAUGCCCGCCAUCCUGUGCCAGUCCUCUUUUAGUUUUUGUUAACUCAAAGAGUGGAGACAAUCAGGGAGUAAAGUUUCUUCGUCGAUUCAAACAGUCGUUAAAUCCAGCUCAGGUGUUCGAUUUAAUGAAUGGAGGACCUCACUUAGGUUUGCGGCUGUUUCAGAAGUUUGACAACUUCCGGAUUCUUGUGUGUGGUGGAGAUGGAAGUGUGGGUUGGGUGCUGUCAGAAAUCGAUAAACUCAGCUUGCACAAACAGUGUCAGUUAGGAGUGUUACCCCUUGGUACUGGAAAUGACCUUGCUCGUGUCCUUGGUUGGGGAGGAUCCUGUGAUGAUGAUACGCAGCUUCCUCAGAUUUUGGAGAAAUUGGAACGAGCCAGCACAAAAAUGUUAGACAGGUGGAGUAUAAUGUCAUAUGAACUAAAAUUACCAGCAAAGCCUUCAAUUCCUUCAGUCACUGUAGAAGAAGAGUCAGAGGAAUGCCAGAUAUCUGCUUACGAGGAUUCAGUUGCUGCUCAUCUUGCAAAAAUUCUCAAUUCUGAUCAGCACUCAGUUGUCAUAUCUUCUGCCAAAAUAUUGUGUGAAACUGUAAAGGACUUUGUUGCCAAAAUAGGGAAGACUUACGAAAAACCAGUGGAAAAUGCAGAUGAAGCUGAUGCCAUGGCCAUUAAAUGUUCAGAGCUAAAUGAGAAGCUCGACCUCUUACUCCAAGCGCUUCACACAGAAGCCCAGGCUGCUCCUGUUCUCCCAGGCGUCACUCCCCCCAUUGUUGAAGAAGAAGGAGAGGAGUUUUCAAGUGAGGAAUCCUUGUCUGAAAGUAAAGAGCAAUUAGUGGAGUGUGUUGCAAAGUCUUCCACCCAGAAACUCUUCAAACCAAGAGAACAAUUGAUGCUCCGGGCAAACAGCUUAAAGAAGGCUGUGAGGCAGAUCAUUGAACAAGCAGAAAAAGUUGUGGAUGAGCAGAAUGCUCAUAGUGAAGAACAAGUGAACCAGUCCCCUGUAGAAUAUAGCAAGGAGUUGGACGAAUCCAAAGAAGAGGAAAAAGAGGAAGAUACAAAGGAAUUUGAAUCCCAGACAAGUAAAACUGCACCAAGAUCUCCUGAUCGACGUACAAGUCGAGGUAUCCAUUCUCAGACAGGCUCUUUCUCUGCUCCAGCUUUGGCUGCCAGCAAAGAGAACCUCCCUGUCCUUAACACUAGGAUUAUCUGCCCAGGAUUAAGGGCUGGCCUAGCUGCUUCUAUUGCAGGAAGUUCAAUUAUUAGCAAAAUGUUACUAGCUAACAUCGAUCCAUUUGGUGCUACACCAUUUAUUGACCCGGAUCCAGAUUCAUUGGAGGGAUAUUCAGAAAAAUGUGUCAUGAACAACUAUUUUGGAAUUGGGUUAGAUGCAAAAAUUUCACUUGAAUUUAAUAACAAGCGGGAAGAGCACCCUGAAAAAUGCAGAAGUCGCACAAAAAACAUGAUGUGGUAUGGAGUUCUUGGCACAAAAGAGCUACUGCAGAGAACUUACAAGAACCUAGAACAAAAAGUUCAACUCGAGUGUGAUGGACAGUACAUCCCUCUUCCAAGUCUGCAGGGCAUAGCUGUGCUAAACAUUCCCAGCUAUGCUGGUGGGACCAAUUUCUGGGGAGGAACCAAGGAAGAUGAUAUAUUUGGGGCCCCAUCUUUUGAUGAUAAAAUCCUAGAAGUUGUGGCCGUAUUUGGCAGCAUGCAGAUGGCAGUUUCAAGAGUUAUCAAACUGCAGCACCACCGGAUAGCUCAGUGUCGGUCAGUAAAGAUCACCAUACUUGGUGAUGAAGGUGUCCCAGUGCAAGUCGAUGGAGAGGCAUGGAUCCAGCCCCCAGGAGUUAUUAAAAUUGUACAUAAAAACAGAGCUCAGAUGCUAACACGAGACAGAGCCUUUGAAAACACCCUGAAGUCUUGGGAAGACAAACAGAAGUACGAUUCCUGCAAAUCUGUCAUUCGAUCUCCCUUAUACCCUCAACAGGCUGUUGAGUUGGCUACAGAAGAAGAAGUCACACAGGUCCAGCUGUGCUCACAAGCUGCAGAAGAACUUAUUACAAGAAUCUGUGAAGCAGCAAAAAUACAUGGCCUCUUGGAGCAGGAGCUUGCUCAUGCUGUUAAUGCAUGUUCACAUGCAUUAAAUAAAGCCAACCCAAGAUUUCCUGAGAGCCUUACCAGAAACACUGCCAUGGAGAUAGCUGUCAACGUGAAGGCCUUACAUAAUGAAACUGAAUCUCUGCUAGUAGGAAGAGUUCCUUUGCAGUUGGAAGCUCCCCAUGAAGAGCUGUUGUCUGAUGCUUUGCACAGCGUGGAAAUAGAGCUGAGAAAACUUGCUGAGAUACCUUGGCUUUAUUAUGUUUUUCAGCCAAAUGAUGACGAGGAUCCCCCUCUGGAUUAUGCUAAAAGAAACAACAGGAGUACAGUGUUUCGCAUAGUGCCAAAGUUUAAAAAAGAAAAAGUUCAGAAGCAUAAGACCAGCCCUCAGCCUGGACCUGGGGAUAACGAAAGUGGGUCAUAUGAAGCGAAUUCUCCAGGGAAUUAAGGAGCUCAGCAAGAACACCCCUUUGUCUGAAGUGUAAUUGUGGUGGUGCUCUCAGAAGAGAGAGGGAACGUUGCUGGAAAAGCAAAGCUAUUACAGGCACUUGGCUGUCUUUGUAGUUUACUGUAUGGAAGAAUAAGCGCUAGCGUGUUCGUACAGGCUAACAUUGCCCAAUACUUGUGUGGCGAAGAGCUUGUUGCAAGAGCAUAAAAGAAUUUGUGCCAAAAAAAAAAACCAAACAACCAAAAAAGGAAAUGGUUAUACGUUCUGUGAAGGAGUUUUCUUGGUGUUCACACUUGGCCAGUUCAGAUAAGCACAUUUUGGUAAAUCAGUUGACGGUGAACUGCACUGACUGGAAAAUCUAUCAAGAAAUGAUCGCUUUGCUUACGUGCAGCUCAGUAUGCCUCUCUCUUACAACGCAGCAAGAUGCCGCCGUACAGCACGAGGUUGUCUGGUUGCCCUUCCUGGGCACAGAUCCCCUACAACUUCCUGUGCAGGAGCCUGAGAGGUGGCCGCUUCCGAGGUUCCACACGCGGGUCUGGCAAUGCCUCAGGUACCAGGCGCUCACGGGCCACGCAGGACGGGGAAAGAUACCUUCUUGUACUCUGAAUGCCAACUAUAAUGCAUGGUGUGCCUGCCUGACUUGUCUGUCGUUCCGUUGCAUGACACAUCUGAUACUUUAAACACUUGAACAACUUUUAUAUCGGUUUGAAUGAGAAUUAAUUUAUUACUACUUGAGUGUCCUUUUUCGGUUCCAGGCACUUUUCUAUUCUUCAGUGUUGUGUUAUUCCUAAAUGAGUUCUAUGGCAAAGGAUGUGUGGGUGUGGAAACUUAAGCAUUGGUGCCAUAUUCAGCAAGUUGUAUGCAUUAUAUAUGAUUGGGACGUUGUACAGUUAGAUUUUUAAAUAUACCAUGUACAGAAGGUGUAUCAGGUAACUAACUUAUGAGUAUUUUUCAAAGACCAGUACCUCACAAAAAUAUCAGUUGGCUUCCUGCAUGGAAAAUGAUAAGGAAUUUUCUCAUGGUGCAUUAAAUGUAGUUAUCCAGUUAUCUUAAACAUCCGUAGCAUAUCGGAGCUUUUAGGAACUAAUGGUUUUAUUUAUUCUGUUGUGCAAAAAGCAGGUCGAAAGAUUAACAAAAAUUUUUUACAGGAAAAUUCGAUUUAUUUAUCACACAUAAGGAAAGUGUUAAAAUGUAGCAGCUGAUUUGAUUUUUGUGGGGUCAGCUUAUACUCAUUACUAAUUUACUAUUAAUUUAAAAAAUUGUAUGUAUGCAUUUCUUUACAGAGGCAUCAAUUUGUUUGUCAGCACUCCUACAUCAGUAGAUCAUAAAAAAAUUAAGAGAUUCUGAAGUUUUACACUAUGCAUGCAAAUAUGAUUCACAUGCAAGCUAGUAAUCUAUGAGUGUUAUAAAGUUAAAAAUGAAAGCCAUCUUUGUUUAGUAAUUGCAUUAGACUAGAGCUUAUAAGGCUAUUUACAACUUACUUAAACAAAACAUAGCUUCAUAAUUGAAUUUCCUGGUUAAUUUCUCACAAGGUAUUAAUCUAGUAGAAAAAUAACAUACAUAAUAUUAGGGUUUAAGACACACAGAACCUAGUUCAGUGGCUGAGAUGAGAUGAGAUGAUACUGUCACAUGCCAGAGAGUUUGCACAGAACUGCUUAUCUUGCUUUUCUGAUCAGUGCAGCAUUCCCACCCCAGGAACUCUUGAUUGAUGCUUUAUUGAAUAUCUUUGUCAAUUCUUACAAGUUAACAACUCUGUUAAUAUCUUUUUCUGUUUUCCUAGUAGACAGCAGAGUAAGGUUUCGUUUGUUUUGCCGAAAGCUUUUCCUUACUUAAAGGGUACAACGCCAAGUACUACAGCCAGGUUUCAUCCUCCAUUUCUCAGGAGGAUGGUGAGCUUCAUCCCUUCGGAAGUCAGAUGUGCUCCCCUCAUCAUUCUGUUGCAAGAAACGUUAAAAAGGAGGAAGGCAAGCUUUGUUUAUAUCCAUUUAUAAUACCGCACGUUCUUGCUGCUGAAGGUUAAAUGUCACCACUCUGGGAGCUUUGUGGGCAUAAUUGAUUGUUCUGGUCAACAAACAAAAGUAAAAGGCAAUGCUCCAUUAGUUUUUCAGUUCAGAAAAAAAGGCCAUUCACCAAGUGACAUUAUUUUCAUGCUGUUGUAUUAAAAGCAUAUGCAAACAAUGGAAAGGUUUUUUCUUUCGUGUACUUGACGUUGACCCCUUUAGUGAUGACCAAAUGUCAUCUGUCAAGUCUUCACAAGUUAUACGUCCUUUUCUCUUUGUUUCCUUGUAAGCUAAGCUGUAUUUUAAUGCGUGGUGUUAUUCUAAUGUGUCAGUGCUGUGAUUGAUGACGUAGUUAGUCCUCCUGGUCAAGUUGAGGACAUAAUUCAUGACAUUAUUUUCUUUGCUUUCCUGAUUGUAGGAUUCACUCUCACCAUAGCUUUCAGUCUUGUACUGCAGUAAGAUGGGCUCUGGAACAGGAUUGAGUUAAGGCCAUGUGAUGACAGCUAUAAAGGCCUACACUGAGUAUAAAAAAAAAAGGGAGAUGCUUUUAGGCAGGGAGUGUUGUUUUGGAAUGCAGCUUUCUUAUGAUACUCUUCAAAUUACCUCAGUAUAGGACAACUUGUCUUUACGAAGUUCCAUUAUUUUAAAUGAUCACCAAAGAAUUCAAUUUUGAUUGUCCUAAAGCAGAGGGUUUUUUUAAAAAGUGCAAGUAGAAAAGGUAUUUUAGGCAACAGUUAUGCUUUAUUUAAUAGGCAUCCAAGAGAGCACGUUUCAUGGAACUCUAUGCCUUAGAAUAGUUUUGAAUAUCAGUUCCAAAUGCGUUGGACAGGGAGGCUCAAAGUAUUUUACAGGAUUUCUCUGCUGAGGUCAGGUUUUGUAUCUGUGUUAUAAGAUGUGGCUUUUAUCAAGAUUGAUUUUCGAAUACAAUGUUACUAUCUCAUGAUUAUUGUAGAUUUCCAAGUAUUGAUUUUUUCCAUACUGCUCGCAAAAUCCCAACUCCCAGAGCUGAAGACACACACAGUUUCAUUUUUAACAUAGAGAAUUCUUUAUAAUUUAUAAUCUUGAUGCUUAAAGCACUUCAAAGCAUACUUUCUAACAUUUCAUAGAAUCAUCAUAGAAUCACAGAAUGGCCUCGGUUGAAAAGGACCAUAAAGAUGUGGCUCUGGGCAGCAUGGUCUAGAGGUUGGAAACCCUGCCUGUGGGAGGGGGCUUGAAACUAGAUGAUCUUUGAGGGCCUUUUCAACCCAGGCCAUUCUAU